UAAUCGCACAUUGAACAAACACAAGUAGCCGGGAGCAGACACUGACAGGGGUAGUAUCUCCACCGCGGUGAAGGGCGUGUAGGACCAGCCCCGCGUCGCCACCGCCGGAAUCGCCCGGCCCCAGCCCAGAAGCUUUCCACCUUCUCUUGCACUCCCCUUUUUGUCUUCCGUAGCUUGGGAAGGAAAUCAUUUCUGAGCUUUUUAACUUUUAAAGCCAUCUUGUUCUUACGAGGUCUCCGUCCCUGGACCAUGUAGUCUGCAGAGGACCCGGGAAUCAGAAAUUGCAGCGGCGCUGUUGUUUAUGGAGCUUUGGGCGGGGGCUGAGCCCGCGGUCUUGUCCCCCGUCCGCUGCACAGGCCAUGCCUCUCCAUCUGCAAACCCAGCCACGGCCGCCGGGCCUCCGGGGCUGAGCCGGGAGCCACCGGAGGAGGAGGCGCGGCGGCGGAGCCGGAGCGGGAGCCGCGGCCGCUGCGGGCAGCGCGGGACCCAGUACUAUGGCUGUGUACUGCUAUGCACUCAACAGCCUGGUGAUCAUGAAUAGCGCCAACCAGGUGAAGAGCGGCGGCCCCCGGCCCAGCAGCAGCGAGACCCCCCCACCGCCGGGGAGCGCCGUGUUGAGCCCUGGCAGUGUUUUCAGCCCCGGGAGAGGCGCCUCUUUUCUCUUCCCCCCAACCGAGUCGUUGUCGCCCGAGGAGCCCGGGAGCCCCGGGGGCUGGCGGAGUGGCCGACGCAGGCUGAAUAGUAGCAGUGGCAGCGGCAGUGGCAGCAGCAGCAGCGUGGGCAGCCCGAGUUGGGCGGGUCGCCUGAGAGGAGACCGGCAGCAGAUGGUGACCGCCGGUCCCCUCUCCCCUCCAGGGCCGGAGGAGGCCCAGAGGAAGCUGCGAAUCCUGCAGCGCGAGUUGCAGAACGUGCAGGUCAAUCAGAAAGUGGGCAUGUUCGAGGCGCACAUCCAGGCGCAGACUUCUGCCACUCAAGCGCCCCGCAGCCCGCGCCUGGGCAGGGCGCGUUCGCCCUCCCCAUGCCCCCUCCGCAGCAGCAGUCAGCCCCCAGGAAGGGUCCUGGCAACCAGUGAGGAACGGAGGACCAAGUCCUGGGGGGAUCACUGUCCAGAGACUUCAGAGGCCGACUUGGGGAGGAGAGCAGGAGCGCUCAGCCUCUGCCUCUCCAAGGACAUGGAGGGAGUGGCAACUUUUUCUGGCCCGGCUGUCCCGUCGGGAUCUGGGACUCAGGGUCUGGUCGCUUCGGUGGGAACGGAGAAGGGGGUCCCUGCCAGACCCCACUGUGGCUCACCUGUAGCAAUGGAAAUCGACAAGAGUGUCUCUUCCCCUUUGGCAGCUCAGAGCUGCCAAGCUCCCUCUUUGGGGCCCGUCGGAGCAAAUUCAGUGAUGGCCACAGUAGAGGCAGCGAGAGCCACAUCCACUGGGUCACAUCAUCCUCACGACCCUGCCCUCAUUGAGCUGUCUGAGAGGGCCCCUGAACUUGGGGGUGUGCACCCCGCGGAGGUCCUGGUGGAGAGUCAGGGACAGUCUCUGGGCAGUGAGACAAGCCCAGCCCCAGAGAAGGGUGGACUCUGCAGUGGAGAGCCCCCUGGGAAGGUGGAGAAAGGAAAUCUGCCGUGUGGCAUGCCCAGCAUUGGGGCGCCUGAAGUAGGUCAGAGGCCGGAGAAAAAGACUGUGACCCUGCAAAGCUCUUCGGAGCCCUCUGAGGCCCCUAGCUGGUUCAGGCCUCUGGGACACUUGGGCUCAGUAGGCCCAGAGGUGACUCUGAGUGGGGCUGCGGUGGUGGUGGAGGAGUCUCCACAGCACCCCAAGAGAGGAGAUGCAGGGUCUCCACUGGUGGGCUUGCGUGGGGGCAGCAGCUCAGCACCGCCAGAAGCGCAGGAGGUAGAGGCGGGAGUUUCCUCUGGGGGAAUGCUGGAGCCUUUGCCCUGUGGGGAAGUAGCAAAAAAUCAGAAAGAACUUCAGGGCCUUCCUGGGGACAGGGUGGGGGCACAGUCUGGGAGCUCUAGGGCUUGGCUGAUCCCCAUGGAGGAAGCCAGUCUGGCCUGGACACGUGACACAGGGGUACAGCCCCAGGGGACUUGGGGAAGCCCUCCCCAGGACAGAGCUGCCCACCCCAGCCCAGAGCUGCUCUCCCCGGACCAGAAGGACAAGCCUUUCCUGAGAGAAGCCUGCAGCCCCAGCAAUAUACCUGCCGUCAUCAUUACAGACAUGGGUGCCCAGGAGGAUGGCGUCUUAGAGGAGGCCCAGGGCAGCCCGCUGGGCACCCUGCCCCUAAGGAAACUGUCCUCUUCCUCUGCCUCCUCCACGGGCUUCUCCUCCUCCUACGAUGACUCAGAGGAGGACAUCUCCAGUGACCCUGAGCGCUGCCUGGACCCCCACUCCGCCUUCCUGCAUACGCUGGACCAGCAGAAGCCCAGAGUGAGCAAAUCAUGGAGGAAAAUAAAAAACAUGGUGCACUGGUCUCCCUUUGUCAUGUCCUUCAAGAAGAAGUACCCCUGGAUCCAGCUGGCGGGACACGCAGGGAGUUUCAAGGCCGCUGCCAAUGGCCGCAUCCUGAAGAAACACUGUGAGUCGGAGCAGCGCUGCCUGGACCGGCUGAUGGCUGACGUGCUCAAGCCCUUCGUGCCUGCCUACCACGGGGACGUGGUGAAGGACGGGGAACGCUACAACCAGAUGGACGACCUGCUGGCCGACUUCGACUCGCCGUGCGUGAUGGACUGCAAGAUGGGCGUCAGGACCUACCUGGAGGAGGAGCUCACCAAGGCCCGGAAGAAGCCCAGCCUCCGGAAGGACAUGUACCAGAAGAUGAUUGAGGUGGACCCUGAGGCCCCGACUGAGGAGGAGAAAGCGCAGCGGGCUGUGACCAAGCCGCGGUACAUGCAGUGGAGGGAGACCAUCAGCUCCACGGCCACCCUCGGGUUCAGGAUCGAGGGCAUCAAGAAAGAAGACGGCUCAGUAAACCGGGACUUCAAGAAGACCAAAACACGGGAGCAGGUCACCGAAGCCUUCAGAGAAUUCACUAAAGGAAACCGUAACAUCUUGAUCGCCUACCGGGACCGGCUAAAGGACAUUCGGGCCACCCUAGAAGUUUCUCCCUUCUUCAAGAGCCACGAGGUCAUCGGCAGCUCGCUCCUCUUCAUCCAUGACAAGAAGGAACAGGCCAAGGUGUGGAUGAUCGACUUUGGGAAAACCACACCGCUGCCCGAGGGCCAGACCCUGCAGCACGAUGUCCCCUGGGAGGAAGGGAACCGGGAGGACGGCUACCUCUCGGGCCUGAACAACCUCAUUGACAUCCUGACGGAAAUGUGUCCGGGUCCGGGCACCCCUCUUGCCUGAGGACACCCCGUGCCCACCUCACCGCCACUCCUGGUCUCUUUUCUUCCCCUUUGCUUCCUUUCUUCUUAAUUUUUCUUUCACUUCUACCUGGGUUCAAGCCCCAGAACUGACCCUCCCAAAUUGCACUACAAGACACUUUGUAGAAGACAAGAUUUUUCUAGUAACUUUCCUGAGGGGCUUGGAGCUGGGGUUUCCACUUCUCUCCAUAAAUAGCAUCUCCUACUAGAAGAGUAAGGCCUGCAGGGUAGGUCAGUUGGGUUUAGAUCUGGAUGAGGCUCUGGCCCCCUAGGCAGGCUACCUGUGGGCACCUGCUGCCCCCUGGUGGCAGGCGCCAUUAUCACCGCUGCCUAACAGCCCAUUUCUGUCCCAUCCUCCCAGCCUGGCAGGGGCUGUUAAGAGCCCCUGUUCAGCAGGUGCCUGAUGCCAGGCUUUCUUGUGGUUCGGACACAAAAUCACUAGGAGCCGCGUGUGGGCCAUGAGUAAAGCACUCUCUGCUUAGCAGCCCAGGGGCUCCCAGAGACCUGGAGUGGCCUUUGUAAGGCUGCUAAAGCCAGGCCCUUCACCGUCUGGUUGAAACCAUCCAGCUUUGGUCCAGACCCAGGAGCCAGGAAAAGGCCUGAGCUGUCUUGGCUGUGCUCUCUGAUGUUGGCCUUCCCAGUGGGGGCAGGCAGGAGCUGGGUUCUACCUGUGGUGAUUGCCCAUGAAUUUGGAGGGACGCUCUACAAACCUGAGCUUCCAGGGCUAUCCCCCACCCCCAAAACCACUUGUGCCUCCCACUCCCCACCUUGAUGUGGCAAGGCCAGGGGGCUGAGUGGGAGUGGGCCAGGGCGCAGGCAGCUGCCAGGGGAAGAAAGACAGAAUGUGCAGAGGAAAGUCCUAACCUCUCUCACCUCCCUGGUGCCACUUUGGGCCUGCCUGCAAACCGGAGGUUCUCUCAUGAGGUCCAGUCCCUGCCGUUUCAGGCAGGGCUUCAGGCCAGGGCCAGGCAGGGAGGAAACAGGAAGCUGGCUUACUGGCUUUUUUGUUUCUCCCCACCCCCACCCCCUGAAAUAAGUCUUAAUGGCCUGAAGCGCUUAGACCCACAUUUCCCAAAUGUGUGGGCAGCUUUCAGGGCGUGUAGUGGGUGCCAGGGGGUGUUACAGGUAUCUCUUCCUGGAAUUUCUAGGUGGCUUUGAGAUUCGUGGGGAACCAAGUGUAAGCCUUAUUCUAAUUGUAAAGCAGGUAAUUCUAUAUUAUUGCGAAGAAUGUAAAAUUUACAUGCCUUUUAAAGACAUGUAAUUCUGGCGAUCGCCAUUUGUGCCCCCAGGUGUCCCCCUUUGCUGUUGGAGGAGAGUUGGGGACAAGCCCAACAGGCACUGGGGCCCGUUGCUCCAGAGGGAGCUACUUCAUAGGUCAUAAUGGAGAUAGUGUGCUCCCAGGUGUGUGUGCCUGGAGGGACCAAUCCGAGGGAGGGCUUCCUGGGCCGCCCCCGUCACCCCAGGGUCUCUGGGGGAACUGUCAGCUCGCCCACGUGACACCUAAGUUUCCCCUUUCAUGCUGGCUGAGUGACGGUUGCUGGGGGCGGAGGGUGGGCCUCAAGGAUGUGUAAGUUCAGAUUUAAAAAAAGGAAAUCACUUUUCAGCUUCUGGCUCUUGUUCAAAACAGUGGUGAACUCCAGUGUGGGCUGACAGCUAAAGGUCACUCCCCGCCUGCCCGCCCCUGUGGAGCACAAGGGACCUCGUGACAGCACGUGAUCUUGGAAGGCAGGCGCACGGGGGCUGUUGUCACUUGUGAGUUAGAAGGGACCCCGGUGGUCUGUGUGCAGCUCUCUGGGAAGGGAUAUCAUUAAUUCAGACAUCAAAUUUUGACACCUAUGGGCUGGCCAAAAGUUCUCCUCCUCCUAUCUGUGAAAAAAGUUUGCUAAAGCAAAUGAAUGCUAUGAACAAAGAUUACCGGGACCAGCUGCACCUACUUAAGAGAACAAAAUUUCAAAGCACUUUAAGCAAACACCUGCUGUUUGCAAACAGUGUGCUAAUAUGUAAAUGAUUUGUUUAUUAAAGGAGGCCCAUGGGGCCUCUUGUUGGCAGUACUUUGCUUUGGGUUACAUUAUAUAUGUGAAAGUGGAAAAAAGUGACAUCUUUUUAGGGUUAUUCUAUUACUUAGGGGUUCUGGGUUUUUGUAUUUACUGUGUUAGUUCUCCUCUUUCACACCUAGUCUAUCUCCCAACCCCUUCUCUCCUUUGUCCUCGCACCCCCUUUGGCCCAGUGGGAUAGAUGGAUCCUGGAAUGGAAUUUUCCAGAACUCCUGCCCAGGCUGUCUGAAAGACCUCCGUUGUCCCCAUCCUGUCCCCAUCCCCACAGCGUUCUUGCUGUUCAGCACUGCUUAGCCUUCGAGGAAGGUUUCUCAACUGCUCCCGUCCCAGACUUGCCUUUAGUGUCAUGUAAGAAGUUUUUAAGUUAUAUUUAUUUUGUUGGUUUUUUAAAUUGCACAAAACACUAAGACUAAGAGGCUAGAUUCUGUUGCUCCUUUAAAGCUCUGCCUUCUUUCUGAACUUCUGUCCUGCUUGGUGGGAAGAGCCUGGACGCAGCCCUGGUGCCCCCCCCACCCCCCUUCCAUCCCCACCCCAGGCAGGCUCUUUCCUCCCUUAGCUGUAUUUAGCUUUGAGUUUCUCUGCAUCCGGUCAGCCCCUGUGUGUACAUAACACAUGCGCCUUCUUGGGAAGCAGGGUGUUCACCCCUUGCAAUGCCUUUUCCCUGGAGGAGAAGACUCCCCAGAGGGUUCUCCUUCUCUCUGCACCCCUCUCCCCACGGCACGUUGGAGAAAACUGAACUGUUACAAACCCCCAUACAGUGCCUGUCAGACAGACUGCAGACACUCUGUACCUUCCUGAAUAAAGGCCUGG